UCUCAGUUCACCUGAACACAAUGGACUAGCACGAAUUUAGGUUUUGAUAUUUUUUCAUGGAUGCACAAGCAGUGAUCCAUGCAAAAAUAUCAAAACCUAAAUUCGUGCAAGUACCAAUACCAGUAGGUGAAAUACCAAUUAGCAUGACAUCAACAAAUGCAAUGAUUGGCAUGUCAAACAACAUGGAAUUCCACAUUUUGAAAUGUCCGGCGAAGUAUCGGUGAUAUGUUAUAGUACAAGUAAUACAUUUUCAUGGUUGUUGUUUCCUGUAUAUGAACAUAUCGCAUGUAAGACUGCACCACUUUUAAAUCUGGACUAGGGGACAGGAAAUGUCAAAUGAAAAGCUUCUAUUCAGGUUGGAUCAGCCUCAUGGGCCGGGUGACACUUUCGUCAGCUGGCAACAUGGCAGUGGUGGUUUCUUUGCCACAACAGGGGUUGAUCAGUCUGUGUUGAUCUAUAAUCACCAUGGCAAGAAGGUGGAGCAGAUCCGGCUGCAAGGGGCGUGCACUGGAUUUGGCUGGGAUGUUGAUGGUGAUCUGCUGGCCAUCAUAACCUCAAAUUCACCACACGUCACGUUGUGGGAUGCCAACACGGGCAAGAGGAGUCAAGUGGACACGGGGCUGCGGGAUGCCAUGAGCUGUGUCAGAUGGUCAAAAACUGGGUCAUUGCUGGCUGUUGGUACUGCGCGGGGCAAUCUCACCAUCUACAAUCACAGCACAGCAAAACGAGUGCCUGUACUGGGGAAGCACACCAAGAGGAUCAGCAGUGGCGCCUGGAGCACAGAGAACUUGCUAGCUCUGGGUUCUGAAGACAAGACGCUUUCCAUCAGCAAUGCAGAAGGAGACACCCUCCGAAUCAUUUCCCUGCGCGCUGAGCCUAGCGACAUCCAGUUCUCCAAGAUGAAACUGGAUGAGCGAUUGGAUGGAGAGAAUACGGUGAGUGUAUUAGUGGGGCGUAAGACUCUGUUCCUCUACAAUUUGCAUGAUCCUGAGAACCCAGUGGAAUUGGCCUUCCAGCAGCGAUAUGGAUCCGUGGUCACCUACAAAUGGUUUGGGGAUGGUUACAUCUUGCUGGGCUUCAGUGCAGGCUUCUUUGUCGCAAUAUCCACGCACAUGAAGGAGGUGGGGCAAGAGCUGUUUCAGACAAAGAACCACCGCGACUCACUCAAUGAUAUCGCCAUCUGCAGUCGACUGGGCAAUGUGGCUUCCUGCGGUGAUAAUCAGGUGAAGAUCCACAACAUGUCGAACCUGCAGGAGACAUCUAGUGUCUUAACUGUGGAGGAAGAUGAGGUAGAACGGCUCUCUUGGAGUGAGGACGGACAAUUGCUAGGAGUGGUCACGCACAGUGGCUCCAUUUAUGUGUAUCUCUCUCAACUUCCCAUGGUUUGGUCAGCCUUUAACACUCAUCUUGCCGUGCUCACAAGUCUCACUGAGCUCACUUUGUACAGCCAUGAGCAGGACAGCAAGGGCAAGCUGCCAACCCCUCUGCUGAAUGUGGAUUUGCCUGUGGAGCCCACCUUUGUGUCUCUUGGCCCGUAUCACUGCGCGGCAGGCAUGAACAAUCGUGCCUGGUUCUUUGAGUUGGGGCAGAACAAACCUGCAUUGCUUCGAGAUCGGGAGUAUCUCGGGACAGUUACCAGCCUGAGACUCAACGCGGAGUAUGCUUCAGUUCUGUGUGAGGGCAAGAUACAGCUGCAUAUGAUUGAGACGCCGGAUGUGAGCGGCGAGGGCAGGGAAGUCAGGCUGUUCCCUGACCAGCACUCGCACGAAAUGAACAUCACUGCCCAUGCACUCACCACUGACUUCUUGAUCUAUGCCUCAGAUAUGGGACAUAUCCACUACUUUUUCCUUGAGGACUGGAAGUUGGUAACAGACUUCCGGCACAGUGUCGGUAUCCGUGAACUCUAUGCAGACCAGAUGGGCAGUCGACUUGUUGUGGUGGAUGAUAAGAGUGAGGGCUGUGUGUACAAUCCGAUAACAGAUGAGAUGCUGAAGAUCCCAGACUUUCCGUCUGGGUGCUGUGCCGUUCUGUGGGACUGCCAGCCAGAGGAACGUGAUGUGUUCGUGGCCUUUGACGACACUAGGAUCAUCACUUAUUUGUACAACAAGGAUUCUGUUGAAGGCACAAGUGUGAUAAAUGCAGGCUCAAGCAAGAUGCCAACCAGUCAGGUGCCGAUGCUUCUGUGCGGAGGGAAAGUAAUCCUGGAGACUGCAAGUGGCAGGCUGACGCAGAUGACUCUCUCCACACAUGAGGUUUCGGGUUCCAAUAUUCAUGACAUCCAUAAGGGAAGCUUAGAGCUAGCCCUGAGCAAGCAGCUCAAAUUGCACAGAUUUUCCGAAGCGUGGAAGACAUGUCAGGUGCUCAACAGGAAGGAGACGUGGGAGCAACUGGCCGAGGUUCUCAUGAGAAACCUUGAAAUAGAGUUUGCUAUCCGCGUGUACCGGCACAUCGGGAAUGUGGGAAUGGUGUGGUCCCUGGAGUCCAUACAGGACGUUGAGGAUCAAAGACUCCUGGCAGGACACAUCGCCUUGUUCCUUUGCGACUUUGACACAGCUCAGGACUGGUACCUCAAGUCAAGUCAGCCCGUAGCAGCGUUGCACAUGAGACGAGACCUGCUGCAGUGGGACCAAGCCCUUCAGUUGGCUGGAAAGUUAGCACCUGAGCAGAUCCCUUAUAUCGCUCGUGAGUACGCCCAGCAGCUGGAGUUCACAGGAAACUAUGCCGAAGCGCUAAGUCACUAUGAGCGUGGGUUGCUGGAGGCACCUCCUGCUGCAGAUGGACCAGGCAAGAAGCCCCACCCCGACCAGGAGAAUCACAAUAGUCAGUGUCGAGCUGGUGUGGCGCGCGCUGCCAUUCACUGUGGGGAUGUUCGCCGUGGCGUGUCCAUAGCGGCGGACACGUCUAGCAGUCGCCAGCUGAAGCGGGAGUGUGCUGACAUCUUGCAGGGCAUGAAUCAGCUCAGUGAUGCAGCGAUGUUGUACGAGAAGGGAUUGUUCUACGACAAAGCUGCGUCAGCUUAUAUCCGGCUCAAGAACUGGCAGAAAGUGGGGGAGCUACUCCCUAACAUUACAUCAACCAAGAUUCAUCUACAGUAUGCUAAGGCAAAGGAGGCAGACGGGAAGUACCAGGAGGCAGCAAACGCUUAUAGGAUGGCACGUGAUCUGGAUAGUGUUGUGCGCCUGAACCUGGAUCACUUGAACAACCCGGAGGAGGCGGUGCACGUAGUUCUGGAGACAAAGAGCAUUGAAGGUGCGAAGAUGGUGGCCAGGUUUUUCCAGAGGCUCAAUGACUACCGUUCUGCCAUCCGGUUCCUAGUGAUGUCUCAAUGUCAUGAUGAGGCAUUCCAGCUUGCAAGGCAGCACCACCAGAUGGAGUUGUACGGCGAGAUACUGUCAGGCUCGCUAGAGACGGAGGCGAGACCACAAGACUAUCGUAGCCUUGCUGUGCACUUCGAAGGAGCACAUAACAGCAUGUUGGCUGGAAAAUACUAUUACCAUGCAGGAGACUAUAGUAAGGCUCUGAAGCUUCUGAUGCAAGUAAUGAAAGCAAACUCAGAGGAUGCAGAACCUAUCUCAUUGGCCAUUGAUGUUGUGAGUGUUGCCAAUGAUAAUCAUCUGACCAGUCAGCUGAUAGAGUUCCUGUUGGGCGAGACAGACGGCAUACCAAAAGAUCCCAAGUUCUUGUUUCGAUUGUACAUGGCACGGCACCAGUACAAGGAAGCUGCCAAGACAGCCAUCAUUGUUGCCAAUGAGGAGCAAAUCAAUGGAAACUACCGGAAUGCACAUGAUGUCUUGUUUGGGAUGUACCAGGAAUUGCGUCAUAAUUGCAUCAAGAUUCCAACAGAAAUGCGUUCAAAUCUGAUGCUGCUGCAUUCUUACAUCCUGGUACGUCUACAUGUGAGACGGGGAGAACACCUCAAAGGUGCUCGCAUGCUCAUUCGUGUCGCAAACAAUAUCUCCAAGUUUCCGUCCCAUGUUGUGCCCAUCCUGACAUCUACAGUGAUUGAAUGCAGUCGUGCUGGACUGAAGGCACAUGCGUUUAGUUAUGCCACCAUGCUGAUGCGACCAGAAUAUCGCUCACAGGUUGACCCAAAGUACUCCAAGAAGAUAGAAGCUGUGGUGCGGAAACCUGGCUCAAAACUGUCAGCGGCAAGUGAGGAGAAGGAGCCCAGCACACCCUGCCCAUAUUGCGAUGGUCCUCUGCCUGAGACAGAGCUGAACUGCGGCCAGUGCAAGAACACCGUCCCAUUCUGCGUUGCCACGGGAUGCCAUAUUGUAAAGGAUACUCUCACUGCGUGUCCAAAUUGUGACUUCCCAGCAAUCAUGCCAGAACUACAACAGAUUGUCGAGUCUGGAGAAGCAUGUCCCAUGUGCUCCAAGACCAUCUCCAUGGAUCAGCUAAUGAGAGUUACAGAUGCGAAGUCCUACCUUCACCAAGAGGCCGAGGAAUAAAGUGGAACACAUUUGGAAACAUUCACUGUAUUUGUUACUACCUCAGUCAUAAGAACAAAUUUCAAGUUGAAGAGUUUCCAAUCACAAACUUAAAAAGAGGUUGCAUGUGAAGCACCUGUAACAGUCAUACCACCACACGCAACAACAGCGAGCGACUUUCUUCACAAUAAUUUCUGGAUUUUUACUUAAGUGUUGUGGACUUAAGAGAGGAGCUACAAAAUGCAGAAUUCAUUCUGGUUAUGUGAUAAUGUUACAGUAGUUCCCUACUUCACAAUGCUCUGUGUCACAGCAAAAUUCUGCGCUCUGUGUGAUGAUGAUGAUGUUACAUUACAUCGCUCUUGCAUAUCGUGAAUGAGACAUCAAAGUUAUUUUUUCCUCUUGAUGAUAUACUGCUUUUUCUGGAAAGCAGGGGAGGGGGGUUAAGAGGAUGUGUAGCUCCUACUCGUUCUUAACUUCAUCAUGAGAUAGUGUUAAGUGGUUAAUGUCACACCCUGACUGCGCUUUACCCCCAGAAGAGGAGGCUGGGUGGGCCCCAGAGCCAGUGUGGAUGCACAGGCUAGUGGAAAAAUCCUGUGCCCUUGUUGGGGAUCAAACCCUGGUCGUCUAGUCCGUGGUCAGUCACUAUACUGAUUGCGCUACUGCAUCUCUGCCUUGCUAGUCUUAUAGUCUUGCAAUCUGGAUCUUAUUUACACUUUUGGAUGAGCUGCCCUUAAAUAGUGUGGUACUUACAUUCAUUUCAUCUGAGAAAAACAAAUGUUUCUAAGAAA